GCGCACGGAUUCCUCGCCUCAGCUGAGUAGACGACCUCCUACAGACUUACUUCACGUCACCCCGCCCGUCUGCCUGGCGUCUCCUCCCUAAAACAUUUGCUGCGACCAUCCCUUUGAGCGACUCCGAGCUGAGAGGAGAAAAAAAAGAGACAGAGGGGGAAAGUGAGAGAGCCAACAGCACACUCCCAAUAUCACCUAUAGUAGGCUACCUGCUUCAGUACAUCAAGGGGAGGAGGACGCACAAGUGCAGGCGCGUCCAUGCGUGCCAGCCGAACAAGACAAUAAGCGGGCAAAAGGACCACAAAUCCAAAAUUGGAAUAAGAGUUUAUCUUGAGAACUCUUUGGAAGAGAGCACAGCUAUACAAGAACAAGACAACCUAGAUGAGUACAUGGUAAGAAGAGCCAUGCAUCUCAACAGAGAAGAAGAUAACAGCAAAGGCUCAGUGUCUCUCAGUGUAUUCCUGGUGUCUGUUGCAUUCGUAGUGUGUGCCGUUUGGCUGGUAGCUCUAUGUGGCGUCUGCACCUGGUGUCAACGUAAACUGGGAAAGAGGAAUAAGCCUGGGGUGGAGGCUGCCAGCUCUCCAGAUUCUGUGCGAGGUCGAGGGGAAAAUAAAGCCAUCAAUGAUCUAGACAGAGACUUUUGGAAUAACAAUGACAGCAGCAACGUGCAACAGAGGUGGAGCUCCUACCCGCCCAAGGAGUUCCUCUUAAACAUGUCUCCCUAUGCUCCCUACGGAGACCCUCGCCUCACGCCCAAUUUCGGGGAUGCUUCCCUCUCGUCUGCUUCCACCCUGGAGCACAUCCCGUCCUCAGCCGUGGCGCGUCCUCGGCCCCUGGUCCGGCAGCAGAGCCUCCAACAGCCCCUCACUCACCAGCCCCCUCCGGGUCCCAACGACCCCCCGGUCACCUCACAAAGCCUGGGCCAGCUGCAUACAGGCCCAGGCGGCGGGGGCCACCGUGGGGGCCCGCGCGGGGUCCGGGGGAGUCCGGCUGGAGCCUCCCGGUACAGAGGAACCGGUGCAGGCCGAUCAAGGUCAAAUCCUGGCAGCUGGGAUCACAUGGUGGAGCAGAUCCGCAACAGAGGGCUGGACGUCAAGUCGUUUUUUGAGGGGAAGAUGGUUGUUCUGUCUCUAGCAAUCGGGCUGGCUGAACAGGAUGACUUUGCCAACCUCCCAGAUCUACAGGAAGCACCAGCAAGCAAAGAAAACGAAACCACACCAGAAAAGAGGACCCCAGGUAACAAACCAGGCAGCAGUCCCAGAGGUCAGACCCCAGAUGAGACUGGACGCCGCCACGAUGCUAACUCCUCUGUUUCUGAUUUGGCCAACUCAGUCACCAGUGACAUGCUCAUGUUGUCUCCAGGUUCAGAGGAAGAUGAUCAUGAGGGUCCAGUGUGUGAGAAGCUGGGUCGUAUUCAGUUCAGUGUUGGAUACAGUUUUCAGGACUCCACCCUCACUGUCAAAAUUCUCAAGGGCCAGGAUUUGCCUGCUAAGGACUUUUCCGGCACUUCUGAUCCAUUUGUCAAACUCUACCUGCUGCCAGACAAGAAGCACAAAUUGGAGACCAAAGUCAAGAGGAAGAACCUAAACCCCCACUGGAAUGAAACCUUCCUGUUUGAAGGAUUCCCCUAUGAGAAGGUGGUCCAGAGGACUCUAUACCUGCAGGUUCUCGACUACGACCGCUUCAGCAGGAAUGACCCCAUAGGAGAGGUGUCCAUCCCUCUCAACAAACUGGACCUGGCCAACAUGCAGACUUUCUGGAAGGAGCUGAAACCAUGCAGCGAUGGCAGCGGGAGUCGAGGGGAUCUGCUGGUGUCUCUGUGCUACAACCCCACAGCCAACACCAUCACUGUGAGCAUCAUCAAAGCCCGCAACCUCAAAGCCAUGGAUAUUGGAGGCACUUCUGACCCCUAUGUAAAAGUGUGGUUGAUGCACAAGGACAAGCGCGUGGAGAAGAAGAAGACAGUGGUAAUGAAGCGCUGUCUGAACCCUGUUUUCAACGAGUCCUUCCCCUUUGAUGUGCCUGCCCAUGUGCUGAGGGAGACCACCAUAAUUAUCACCGUCAUGGACAAGGACAGGCUCAGUCGCAAUGAUGUCAUUGGAAAGAUUUAUCUCUCAUGGAAGAGUGGCCCUGCAGAGGUAAAACACUGGAAAGACAUGAUGGGUCGCCCUCGUACUGCUGUGUCCCAGUGGCACGCUCUCAAGGCCUGAGUUACCCAGCGACCAACCUGCCUAUAGUGUUUCCCCCACUCAGAAUUCAGCAUCAGCAUUUCAGCCCCUGCCCUCAACCCAUAUCCCCUCCUCCCCUAACUUCAGUCUCGGGCUGCAGACAAUGUGUGUCAUCUCUUUGUUCUCAGGCCUCUUUGAUAUCCUCUGCCCUUAGUCCUCAUGACACCAUCCUUAAAUUACACCCAUGUCAAGUUUUGAUUCCCACCUGACCCCCACCCUCUCUCAUCCAUUUGUCUGAACUUAAAAAACGUCUUUAAUGUCCUCACUCACUUCCUCCUUGUGCCCUCUUUCUAUGAGAUUUCUUUUCAAGAUACCCUUCAGUCUUUCCUCCACCUUGUCAACCAUUCCCAGUGUUUAACAUCAGAGCAGUACAUUUUGCCACCCAUGAAUACAAACUACCAACCAAAAAUGGAUCAAACUGGUAUUCCAACCAUCCGCUGUGGUGGCAAGACGGGCUGUGUUAAACCAUGCACCUAAGUGUGAAUGGCACUGAUCUGUGCGACUCAUUUCCACCUACAUCUGGUGUUGCAGUGCGGAAUCUUUUCUCCUCCUCUGUUCAAGUCCUCUUCCAUUACUAUCACUAUUCCUCCAUACCCUUAAAAUGCCUGAAAAAUCAGGAAAACCGACACAGGCAAUGGAAAAGUGAUGGGCUGUAUUUAAAAUGGAAUUAGACUGGAACUGGACUCAUUGUCACUAAACUCUUGUUUGAUCUUUUUCACUUUUCACUCUUUCUCUGGCACCACUGUAAUAAUUCUCCCUUGGCUGGAACCCUUCGUUGUCUGUGCGUGAUGUGGGUGAUGUGCUGUAACCCCAAAUGACGUUCUUCAACAGAUUAAAAGGAAAUGAACAUGAACAUUUAAUGCUGGUCCAAUAGGGGCAAGUGUAAAAAAAAAAAAAAAAACUAUUUUUUUGGAAAAGAAAUCCCGAUGGACAGAAAAAAAGAGUAGAGUUAUUAAUGUUGUGUUUUAUUUUAUUUUUCCUUUUCAAAAGAACUUAGAGAAUCAACAUGUUCUUCCAGACACAGAAAAUAAGCAAAAAGCCAGCUUCCAUAAGUGUGGAAGUGUGGGUUAAUGUGUGUGUGUGUGUGUGUGUGUGUGUGUGUGUGUGUGUGUGUGUGUGUGUGUGAAUGAGGGAGUAUUUAGGACAGCUAAAUUAAAGAUAUUGUUGAAAACAGCAUUGCCCUCAAUAAUAAUGUUGAUAAAAAAUAAAGUAUUGUUAGUGUUUGUGGUGUUGAAGUUAGUUGAAGACAUGGGGAGGUCACUAAGGUUAAAGGGUCCGUCCAGCCAAAUCACAGACACACAUACAGUACUGGGGACAUAUGUGGUAUAAAGCCAAGAAGACAGUUUCGGAUGUAUAUGUCAUGGGUAUGAUCCCGUGAAAUCACUGCUGCCACCCCAAAUACAAAGGAGAUAAACAGGAUUACAUUGUGGUGCUCUCUUCAUUUGAAAUAGCUUUUGAAAAUUCUAACAGCAGCAUGUCUUUCCAGAAACAAUGCUCUGGGCUAUCAGAUAAUCCACAAACCCCUCAGUGAAUAAUUUUCAUUGGGGCUAGAAGAAAUUGGUGAAGACAGCUGAAGUCAACAUGUGACAACAACAUCAAUUAUUUGAGCACAACAGACACAAUUGCAUUCAUCUCAAUCACAUUCGGGUGGUGGGAGAAGUCUCAGUGGUACCACGGAAACUAAAACUGAAACUUUCUGCUUGGCUUGAUUCCACUAGGGGUAAGUGGGCAAAACAUGUUUUUAUUUUCAUGACCAAAAAUGAAAACCUUAACUCAAGGUCCCCCUUACUACAGCUUUUUUUAUUGCUCAUGUUUUUUCAACCAUAUCUCACAGUUUUCCUUGCACACAGUGGCAUUGCACCAAUACGCACCAAGCUCAAGACAUGGGUGACUGGGUCAAAAGCUACAACCUUCCCUGAGGAAGACCAAACAAAAAUCAUCGUAAGCAAAGACUGCUUAGCAUCACUCCAAAAUCGGUUAGUUUUGGUGAGGUGCCAUGCUGUGAAUGCCAGGAAUUGAACAGUCUAUGAUUUUUAUCCACCGCGAGAUCUCAGAUUCAAUUGAGCAAUCUCCAUCGACCAAGAAGGUCCACGAGGUGCAGUCAAAAGGAAACAGCAAGAAAUAUUUUAUGAUUUGACAUGAACUGACAUAAAAACCAGGCAGUAAAUCAGCUUAUGAGUAUUAGAGAUGGUGAUAUGUUGGGAAAUCAGAUCUAGAUGAAAUCAAUCAAUCAAAAUGCAUCUCUGUCACCCAUGUUAUGAUGUUUCCAGCAGUGGCAUUAAUCUGUGCAUUAAACAGGCAUUAAAACACUAAACUUAGCAAUAUGAGUCCACGGACCUGAUUUUAUGUUGUCUUGGGGGCGUUUGAACUAAGUACAAGUCAGUCUUCCAGUUGUUUGCUUCACUGCCUGAACGUGACCUCCCCCAAGUCCCAUAUAGGCAUGCACUGAUUGGAUGAAUGGAAACAAAUGACAGUAAUAAUAUCGGGGUGGGGGGGUGUCUUUUUACAUUCCACUGUUUGUCUUUGUCUACUGGAUGUGUGUGUGUUUGCACUGUGACUGAGUGUCAAUAUUCAAACUUUAGUUUGUGUGAUUGUAUUUACUGUGAGUCCCUCUGUAUGUGUAUAUAUCUGCACUGAGUUCUAUUUUGCCAGUUUAAUACAGAACAUUGUUUACUGUUUUUAUUCUGUAUGAAACAAUCCAGAUGUACAAAGAAAUAUGUUUUUUUAAAAGUUGUCACUUCUUUAAGAAUCACUGCACUUGCUGAUGACGAUGCUGGAACAAACCUCUCUUCAAAGCAGGGCUAUUUUUUCCUUGGAUUGGAAGGAGGCAAAUAUGUUAUAGAUGAACUGAGAGUGAAGGUCAAAGGGAAAAAAAUGUCACAAACAACCUUUGCAACAAGAUAAAACCUGUCUUCUUUGACUAUCAUACAGGACAUUCAUUUUUAGUAUAGUACAGGAGCAGCUACCCAUGUUUUGUCCUAUCUGUCCUUCUUAUUUGGUUCGAUCUAAUUUACCAAGACCAAAAAAAAAGAAAAGAGUGAAGGGUGGCACCGAAACAUCACAGCUGACAUACCCCCAAAACACCCCCGUCGUGCACACAUGCUUUCUGGCACAAAGUGUUCUUUGUGUGCCUUAUAAACCCUGCCACGCCUUGCUCUUCACCAUAUGCGCUCUCUCUCCAAGUGUCAGGAAGGGAGAGGGGACAAAAGGUGAGAAAGGAGAUAAUCAUCACCUCUUUGCAUCACUGUUAGCUACGUCUCAGGUCAGAGCAGAGCAUCCCAAAAUAACCAGGAACACAGUCAUCUGUCUGUCCUGAUGGCCCUGUUUGUUAAACAUGUCUGAGUGCUGUUGACAAAGCAUUACAUUCCAAAGGCUUAGUGAAAGUCACUUUAAUCAAUGCAGGUUAAAUAUUGGUUAAAUAACAGUCAGGGUUUGGUAUAUUUUAGUUUUAAGAAAUCGAGCUAGAUAUGUCUGUCUACACUAUUCACUAGCCAAAUGCUAUAAACUGGUAAAUUUCACUGGACAGGCUCGCAUUUCUGAUUUAGGGCAUUCUGCUUGAGACAAAGAGAGGUUAACCAGCAACAUUUUAAUUUAUAUACUGUACAAAUGAUUGUGAAGUGUCCUGUAUGAAAAAAAAAAUCAUCAGUAUUUACUGGGGUUGAUAUCUGUCUGUCCUUGGUAUCACUCAGCCCCCUCUUUCACUCCCUCUUCUCUUUGUAGUUACACAUCCGUGGGGUGCACAAUGUUAAAUAUCAACCAUUUAUUUUUUUGAAAUCUGUACAGUGUAUAUAAAAAUAUAAA